AAUCGAAAUGAGUAGUAUUCAUUUAGCUUUCAACUUGGUGGGAUAACAAAACUGGUUUAGAGAAGUUUACCUAAUUACCACAAACAAAUUUAGCUGGAAAUUACCAUGAAAAAUAAUUUCCCAAAGCUUUGGUUAGCAGUUUGCACUGCGGCCUCAAUUGUUGGCCUUGCCAAAGGUCAGUUUGGCCCUUGUUACGGAAUUACCGGUGUUGUGAACAUCCCAGAUCCGGCCGACUGUACGCGGUUCUUUAUUUGCGUCAAUGGCCAAGACUUCCCCAACCAAUGCUCCGAGGGGCUUAUCUUCGAUGUCCUAACCGGCCAGUGCAAUCGCGCUGAGGAUUCGGUGUGCAUCGUAGACGUUCCUACGAUUCCAACGGCCGGUCCUGGCGAAACAACCGUGGCACCUGGACCACCUCCCGGUCCCGAAGAGCCUACUCCUGCUCCCGUAGAUCCCACUCCAGGACCAGGCGAGACGGAAGCACCCAGUGAAGAUCCAGGUGUUACAACGGUGCCAGUUCCAACGGCUCCCGUGGAGACCACAACCCCAGGACCAAUUCCAACGGCACCAACCGAGCCCGGAGUCACCACCGCAGGACCCAGUGAGAUCCCUCCUCCUGGACCAGAAACAACCGAAGCGCCAGCCGCUCCAACCCCUGGACCAGCUCCUACCACCGAAGCCCCAGCCGCUCCAACUCCAGCCCCUGCAACGACCACUCCCCCCGUGAUCACCACAACCCUCGCUCCAGUGACAACUCCAGCCCCACCCGCACCAACUCCAACUCCAACGGUCGCACCCCCAGUCACUACAACCGUUGCUCCGCCUCCGCCCGUAACAACCACCGUAGCUCCACCCCCGCCAGUCACCACAACCGUAGCUCCACCCCCACCAAUCACGACCCCUCCACCACCUCCGCCCCCACCCGGACCCACCCCGACCUGCAACGCGUGGGACGACUUUUACGCACCCCACCCGGACUGCACGCGGUUCUUCCGGUGCGUGUUCGGCACGCUGCACGUGCUCAACUGCCCGCCGAACCAGUUCUGGAACCAGGCCCGCCUGUACUGUGACCACCAGUGGAACGUCGUGUGCCCCGCGAGCGGUUGAGCAGUUGCUAAGGAAUAUUAGAGUUUAAAUUUUUGUAUGCAAUCAUUUUUUUGCACUUGUCAUGUUCGGGCCACAAAUUCAAAACGUUCAAUAAAUAACAUAUUUUCAUUCGGG